UCUCAGACAGGUCCGCAUUGCAUGGUGGUAAAAUAAGUUUAUAGUAAACGCUACAUCUGAUACACAUGAGGUCUUCGUUACGUUGGUCGGUCAGUAAGGGUUUGUGUAAUCGAGGUAGAGUGAUGUAGCGUUUUAUUGGAUAUGUAAAAUUCUUUAACAUGAAUUUUUAAUUCUCGUCGAAGUGGAAAUUGUUGUUGAAUGCAUUUAUACUAUAAUGGAUAGUGAUAACUUGGUAGAAAAUAUUCUUAUUAAUUUGGAUGUAGAGAGUCUUACUCCCAAGAUCCUCAAGCAAGAGAAAUGCGAGUUUUCAACAACUCGUAAAUGCUACUCUUAUAUAAAAAGGAGGACCUUUGCAAAGUUUGUGGCAGCUAAGAGGGUCCUGAAGUCACCUUCAGAUGCCACACCAAUUUGGCACUGCUGUGACAAGACAUUCUCCGACCCUACAUCAAUCCACAAACAUGUCUCAAAUGUCCAUACAAAUGAGAUUCAUCAGCUCACCACCAUGACUCAGGAUCUUAUGCUGAGACAUGCUGAGGGUGAUGUAUCAGUGCCUGAAGACCUGAGAGACAGUCUGUCAAAUGACACAUCCAUGUGGAUACCCAAUACAUGCCACCUCUCUGAGAAAGAGCUUGUGAUAGGCUCAGGUGAAGUCCUCCUGUAUUACUGCUAUUGCCAGAUCAAAGAUCCCAAGAUCAUUUAUGAUUGGCAGAUUGAGCUCUGUUCAAAGCUUCACCUGACCGGCAAGGUACGUGUGGCCACUGAAGGUAUUAAUGGAACAGUUGGUGGUACCAAAGUGGCCACAAGCCUUUACAUCAAGGCAAUGCUGUCGCAUCCCAUUUUCACAGUAAUGCAACCAGAGGAUUUUAAGAUCAGUGAAGGUGGUGCAGAGUGCUUUUCUGAACUUAAGGUUGGAGUUUAUAAAGAAAUUGUCCCAAUGGGUGUGGAUCCAGACACAAUAUCCUACAGAUUAGCAGGAACACACUUGGACCCUGCAGAAUUUCACAAAGAAGUGCAAUCUGUCCUUGAAGAUGGUUCCUCAAACAGUGAUACAAUUCUUCUGGACUGUAGAAACUUCUAUGAGAGUAAAAUUGGCCAAUUCAAAAAUUGUUUGGCCCCUGACAUCCGCAAAUUCAGUUAUUUCCCUGACUAUGUGGACAAGAACUUGGACCUUUUCCGUAACAAAAAGGUUCUUAUGUACUGUACUGGAGGCAUACGGUGUGAACGGGGGUCAGCGUAUCUUCGUUCAAAAGAUGUAUGUAAGGAAGUGUAUCAGCUGAAGGGUGGCAUUCAUAAGUACCUGGAGCAGUUUCCUGAGGGCUUCUUCCGUGGCAAACUCUUUGUAUUUGAUGAGCGUUACACAAUCUCUUUUAACAAUGAUGUCAUAUCAGAUUGUAGGUAUUGCGGUGUGGCCUGGGACCAGUAUCAGCUCUGCUCUACAGACUUCUGCUGCCAGCUGGUCUUGUCCUGCCACUCUUGUAGGCAGAAGGGCUUUACAGCCUGCUGCUCUGUAUGCCAAGCCAAAACGCAGAUGCCCAGCUACGGCCGUGCCCACAGAGAAGAGUGCGAGUGUACAGACUCACGGCCCAGGAUCCCUAAAGACAUUUUAUAAUGACCAUUCCUUGUGUCUUAACAUGUGAAGAAGAAUGCACAAUGUUAAAGAUGACUUGUAUGUCUGGGAACAUGGUAUUUUCACUAUCGUGCAAAUUUGGUACAGGAUUUUUUAAAGUAAUUUUAGAACAUGUUGGGUCUACAUGAAGUUUUGAAUAUAUACAAAAAAAAUCUUAACUAGCUAGAGAGGUUAUGGGGGGUUUUUUGCAUUGCAUUUUUAAAAUAUGUAAAAUUCAUAUUUAAAAUCUGGGUCUGCUAUUAAAAUUCUAAUGAUGUUUUGAAUGAGACCUCUGGUAAAGGUUAAAUAAAUCUGCCUCCAGAUCUUCA